AUUGUUCCUUACAUGCUUUUUAGGCUAACUGACUGUGUGAUACAUCAGUAGAAAUGCGAACGAUAACGAAAGUCACUCUUUCUCUUAUUACAAUUCUGACGCCUGUUGGAUUCCAAUACUACUUCACAAAUUAUUGUCACAACCUUUCUGAAGAGGAGGCAAUGAAGAAAUAUAAAAUGACACGUUCUGAACUUGAAGCUUCCAAGUUGCGAAAUCAACAAAUUUUUGAAAAACUGAUGAAAGAUCCUGGAGUGAAAAACAAGUAAACUUGAUUCUGAAUUUUGCAGCUUAAAAGUGUGAUUUUUAAAGUCAAUGAACUAGUGAUUGACUGCUAGAAGUUUAUCAUUGUGUUAAAAAAAAAAGAAAUUGUGCUCACAAGAAUAAACAUGUCAUCAGCAUCAAGAAAAAGUUUACAAUUAACCCUUGCAAUAUUAAAACCUAAUGUGGUUUCUCAUCCACAUCUAGUUCAUCAGAUUAAAGAACUUAUUCAUCAAAAAGAAUUCUUGUUUAUUCGCUCAAAAAGAAUGCAUCUACCAAGAGCGAGAGUCGAGGACUUCUACAGGGAGCAUGAAGGGCGAUUUUUUUACAAUAGACUGGUGUCAUUUAUGUCAAGUGGACCAAUCAGUACCCAUAUUCUGGCUCGAGAAAAUGCCAUAGCAGAGUGGAGAAAGCUAAUGGGAGCAACUAAAGUAUUUAAAACUAUACAUGAGGAUCCAAACAGUAUUAGGGGACAAUUUGGUCUGACAGACACAAGAAAUUCAACGCAUGGAUCCGAUUCUGAUGAAACUGCGUUGAAAGAAAUGAACUUUUUCUUUCCAGAAUUUGAUGUUGAAGAUUGGUAUAGGGAGUCUGAGAGACACUUCUUGACUGGUGAUGUGUAUUUUGACGAUGAACAUGAUAUACAUAGAUAUAAACUAAAUCAUGCAAAACUUAAAAGCUAAAAAGAAAGAAAUCUUUUCUUUCUGUUAUUUUGUCAUUGGAAUAACUUGGGUAGCAUGAAUUCUUAGUAAUGUGGAAGUGGUAUCGAAGAAAUGUUAAGUGGUAUUUACUGUUACAUAGUCCGAUACCCACGAUUGAUAAACAUGUCACAUAACAUGCAAUCAAUGUUAAUGGUUCGGCCGUGGGUAUCCGACGAUGUUCUGUUAAGGCCUUUCUUCGGACCAACUUUUGCAUUUCUGUACAGUACUUAAAUGUAUCAGCAGUUAUAAUCAGAUUCAGUUUUAGAUAAUAAGUUUUAUAAAAGAGACUUGGUCACAACUAUCAAAUUUAUGUAAGAUACAUGUAAAUGACUAUUUCUCUUAUAUUUGUCAGGUUUGUUUAUCAGAUGUUUACAUUGUUUGGAGAAUAAUAUAAAAGAAUUAUGUAUCAAUUUCUAACUUGUCUGUUUUGAAGAAAAAGUCGAGCUAUAAUAUUGGCUGUUGGCAUCAUUGUCAUCUUUGUUGUCAUGAUGUAAAAAUGUAGCCUGUUAGUCAAACAAAUUUAAACAUAUCUUUAUGAAACUUGAAAUCUUUGCUUAUCAUGGUAAUAAUUCAGUAUAAUUUUGAAAGCUAUGUAUUUGGAGUUAUGCUCUUUUUUUCACUCGGAAAUUUUUGUCAAAAGUUGUUAUUUUGAAAUUGAUAGACAAGUGUUAACAUCAUAUGCUAUGCUCUUUUUUUUUUUUUUUUUUUAUAUAUCAUUAAAUGAGUGUCACUGUGUGUUCUUAUUUUACAUAGAUUGAAGAAAUCAUUUGUCUAUGAGGAACACUGUGUAUGGUACUGUUAAACCUUGGUGCACAAUCUAUAUUAACUGGCCUGUUUAAAAUUUUCAGUAAUUUUUACUUCUACAAUCAAGUUAACCUGUAGGUCACAUAAUUUCCUGCUGUAAUAUUUGUAAUUAAGUGGUAUAGUUACUAUUAUAUUAAUAUUUUAUGAACCCAGGUCUCUUAAAUUUUCAGGAAUAAAAGAUAACAGACCUGUCACCACCAGACACCUUUUCCAACAUUUUAGGAAUGCCACCAUUACUGUAUGGUAUUGGAAAAAUAUAUUGUAAAGUGUCCAUAGUAACUAACAAUAACGAAUAAAGACAUAGAAAAUAAGGGAAUCGCUUCAAGGAAUAGAUUUUUUGUAUUCAAAUUAUAAUUCUUCUAUAAAUCAUUUUAAGGUUUUCUUAGUAGACAAAAACACUUUUCAAGGAAAGACUAAGGAUUGGAUAUUGUAUGUUUUUAAAUUUAGGGAAAAUCUUGGCACUGAGACCGCUUCCAUUUACAGGUAGUUGCUAUAAGAGGAAAACAUCUGCAGAUAUAUAUGUUAAGUGUAUAGUUUAGAGGCCUAUUAAGUGCCUGAAUAGCAUCAUUUGUAUUUCUUAAGAACUUCUUAUUUAUGGUAUCUUGUUACAGUUGCAAUAAGUUACUCAUUGACCGUAUAUAGAAUUACUAUCUUUUGUUUCUUAUACUUUGGUAUAAAUACCAGUAUAGUGAUUUUGUCUGGAAGUCAAAAUACUACUUUGUUAACAUUUUGCUACCUUUUUUGCACAUUACUGCAUGUUCCAUGCUCUUCUCUUCAGGCGUUUAACAUGUAAUAUGCUCUCAAAAGCAUUAUUAGACACAUGGUCAACCUUUCUAAAGAAUUCAAAAUAUCUGAUUUCUCAGGCAUAAUGUGCCUUUAUAUUUUGAUGUUUUCUUUUUUUCUUUAUACAUUUAUUUAUAUGCUAAGAAUACAUCAUAACAGUUCUUUCUAUUAUACUUGUAGUUUUAAUUCAUUCAUCUCUUAAAGGUAACCGCCUCUGUGGUCGAGGGGUUAGAGUCGAUGACUUCUAAUCCAGUUACCUCUCUGGCGUGGGUUCAAUCCCCAAUAGAUGCUUUGGAAGUUUAGCGCUGAGGAAGGUAGUCUGGUACUGGUGUAACUCUCCAGGAACGAUGGUUAGGAAACUACCCGCCUAUAUGACUGAAAUACUGUUGGGAGGAAAGGGCGUAAAAUGAAACAAACUCUCAAAGGUGAUGAUAGGGGUGCAUUUUUUCCUAAGUUCAACAUUAAAUUCCAAAGUUCAAACGGUUGCUAGCCUUCAUUUGUGUAUAAAUUGUUCUUUUGAGAGUUAUUAUUAGUUAUAUAAUGUAAUUGAAUUGUACAUAUCAGCUAAUAAUGUUAUAAAAUUACAUGUUUGUGUAUAAUAAGGUUAUAAGAGGUUCAAUAUUUUAUUUGCUGAUAUGUUUGAUAAAUGCAACACUGAGUGAUGGUUAAAGUAUAAAUAUUUGGUUGUUCCUUUUCUGUAACAAUGUUGUGUAUUUAACUUUGUUUUCAAGUAAAUUACAAAUUACA